AUGACUAUAUCUUCGCUUCAACGUGUACUGGAUGAUGCUGUUGUGUCUGACUUAGUGGGAGUAGCUGGUAUCGUAUACUACAAUGGAAAAGUCAUUUUCGAAGGAGUUGCUGGCAAUCGCUCAUCUGCAGGAGACGAAAAGCUAAAGAUCACGGAUCAUUUUCGUAUUGCGUCAAUGACAAAGGCUAUUACAAGUGUUGCCAUAUUGCAGUUGAUUGAAAAGGGGAAACUGGUCCUUGACCAAGACUCUGGAACCAUUUUGUCGUUUAUGAAAGACAUUCCAGUUCUUGAAGGAUUUGAUGCUGACAAGAAGCCUAUCUUGAGACCUAAAAAAGGACCUGUUACCAUUCGGCAAUUAUUGACUCACUCGGCUGGUUUAACAUACGGCUUCUUGAACGGAAUGGAUGGCGAAUACUAUGCCAAUACAGGGUACGCACCUAUUGGUGCCGGCAAGAGAGCCGCUUUCGCGAACAUAUUCCUUGCUCGAGACCCAGGCACGCAAUGGGAAUAUGGAAUCAACACGGACGUAUUGGGACUCGUUGUUGAAAAAGUAACUGGGCAGUCAUUGGCUGUGUACAUGCUUGAAAAUAUCCUCAAUCCUCUCAAGAUGAACUCUACUGGCUGGAAGGCUGCUACCUAUGCUGACGAUCUCGUACCGGUACAUGCAAGACUUCCAGAUGGUAGCCUUGCUGUAAUCCCCUUUGAAUUCCCUCAAGACUUUGACUUUGAAGCCGGAGGAGGAGGAUUAUACUCCACCGUUCGAGACUAUAUUCGAUUUGCUUCGAUGAUUUUGAAUAAAGGAACUUUGGACGGUGUUCAGAUCUUAAAGGCUGAAACAGUUGCGCUUGCAUCACAAAACCAUUUGGGAGAUCUCCGACCUAUGGCUCUAAAGUCCUACGACAAAACUCUCACUCUGGACAUUGAUUUGAUGUCUGGAUAUGAGACGACUUGGGGUCUGGGAUUCUUGAUCAACACUGAAGACAUACCCAAUAUGAGAUCAGCUGGAUCUCUAGCUUGGGCUGGAAUCUUCAAUACCUACUUUUGGAUUGAUCCCAAAAACAAUGUCACAGCUGUUUUUGCUACUCAAUUGCUGCCAUUUGUUGAUACCAAGGCAGUGGAACAGUUUACAAAGUUUGAACGUGCAGUGUAUGUGAUUCAGUGA